UCGCUUUCGCUCUCCGCUCUGGCCUCUCGCGCGGCAGCAAAAACCUCAUCUCUCCUCUCUCGCACUUCUCCAGAGCUCCUACCUCUUUCCCCUUUCUGUCGCAUUCCGCCAAUCCUUUCUCCUCCCUCCAAAUUUUCCAAAACGCCUCUCCGCACUCCUUCCUGCUUCCCGCCAAGAAGAGCUUCUACUGACCAAAACCCAAAGCCCAAAGAGAACCGCCGAGAGAGAGAUGGCGAAGGACGAGGAGGAGUUCCGGGGGGAGGUGGAGGAGAGGCUGAUCAACGAGGAGUACAAGAUAUGGAAGAAGAACACCCCCUUCCUGUACGACCUGGUCAUCACCCACGCCCUUGAGUGGCCCUCCCUCACCGUCCAAUGGCUGCCGGACAGGGAGGAGCCCGCCGGCAAGGACUACUCCGUCCAGAAGAUGGUGCUUGGCACCCACACCUCCGACGGCGAGCCCAACUACCUGAUGCUUGCCCAGGUCCAGCUCCCCCUCGAGGACUCUGAGGCCGACGCCCGCCAGUACGACGACGAGCGCGGCGAGAACGGAGGGUUCGGAUGCGCCAGUGGGAAGGUGCAAAUUAUUCAGCAGAUAAAUCAUGAUGGGGAGGUUAAUCGUGCUCGCUAUAUGCCUCAAAACCAGUUCAUUAUUGCGACGAAAACAGUUAGUGCAGAGGUCUAUGUUUUUGACUACAGCAAGCAUCCAUCAAAACCUCCUCUUGAUGGUGUAUGCAAUCCUGAGUUGAGGUUAAGGGGUCACAGUUCUGAAGGAUAUGGCUUAUCUUGGAGCAUAUUUAAGCAAGGGUUUCUACUAAGUGGUUCUGAUGAUGCUCAAAUAUGCUUGUGGGACAUCAAUGCAACUCCUAAAAAUAAGGCCCUUGAUUGUCUACAGAUUUUUAAGUUCCAUGAAGAUGUUGUUGAAGAUGUUGCUUGGCAUCUAAGGCAUGAGUAUCUGUUUGGAUCCGUUGGUGAUGAUCGCCAUCUACACAUAUGGGACCUGCGUACACCCUCAGCUACCAAGCCAAGCCAGUCUGUUGUUGCUCAUAAAGGUGAAGUUAACUGCUUAGCAUUCAACCCCUUUAAUGAGUGGGUGGUAGCAACUGGAUCAACUGAUAAAACUGUUAAAUUAUUUGACCUUCGCAAGAUAAAUACUGCAUUGCAUACCCUUGAUUGCCACAAAGAGGAAGUUUUCCAAGUUGGUUGGAACCCGAAGAAUGAGACUAUAUUAGCAUCUUGCUGCCUUGGUAGGAGGCUUAUGGUGUGGGAUCUUAGCAGGUAUUCUCUCUAGUAUGUUUUUUUAUUUUUAAAUUUAUCAGCUUAAGAAAUUUUAAUUGGAGAACCUUUCUUGUUUAUGAUUGUUGCUUUCUACUACUACACAUAUCUAGGAUGUUCCAUAAAUGUUCUGGUCCUAAUAUUUGUGGUAUAGUCCAUUAAGCACAGUAUAGAAAAAUGAGAAUUGUGUAAGUUUAACUAUUGAAGCUAACAACGUUAACACCUAAACUAGGUAGGUCUAUCUAAAUCAAGUACAUAAGGAGAUGAUUGGCAC